UUGGCUUCUUUUGUUCUUUGAUUCAUCCAUCCAUUGAUUGCUGUUGUUCUUUCUUUCAAUAGAACCACCCUGCCGUGAACUGGGUACGUACGCCCAAGCCAUGCUGCUCCACUGCCCAGUCAGCGCCCAGUGACGACAGCCAGCCCUGCGCCACUUUGAGCACAUCCAGCCUGGGUACCUGUCCGUGGCUGGGCCAUGAUUUAUACAGCAAGGGAAAAAAGAAGGGAACGAAGGAAAAAAAAAGUUGGAGCCAGCUUUCACUACCACCACCACCACUACUACCGCGCUGCAGUUUGCUACAAGGACGACGGCGACGGGUUAAUCAAAUCCAUAAUUCUCGAUACAUUCAUUCAUGCACACACAUGCGUACAGUGUCUUCGCAUCGUCAGACCAACCCUCUUCAAACAGCCUACCAGGCUUUGCUAGACUGCUUCCUCCGGACUUGAUGUAUGUAUUGCUACCGUCACCUGCCUGGCUGGCUGGCUGGCGAACUAGCAUGUUACGUGAUGUCCAUCCACCUCCUGAACCGAACAGGAGCGUGCUGCUAAGCCUCACUGCACUCCCCACGUUGAAUGCCUUGACACCUGCCAACCCCCUCUCUCUUUUCCCACCCUUUUGCUUGUCUGUCUGUCUGUCUGUCUGUCUGUAUCUAUCUAUCUGUAUUGCUUAUGGGCCGCUUUUGCUGUCGCAUCUAAUUCCUCGAGACCCUUCCGCCAGCAUCCUGGCCUGCCACCUGCCCCAGUGAGCUGCUUUCACCCAGUCGCUCGUUUCAGGUCGUCGCACUCCACCCUUCUCCCUCCGUGUGCCUCCCACCUCCGCCCUUCUCCGUAUACCCUUUUCGCCAGCCCAAAAGAAACCCUCGUUCGCUCGUUCGCCCUCCCACUGCACUGGGGAGCACUCUCGCCGUCGCCGUCAUCGUCGUUGCCAGCAUCCUUACCGUCAAGCCCGGCGCUUGAAUGCUGCGGUUGCAUUGUCCAGCACUCUAAACUUUGACCCCGAACCCAUCAUCAACCCCCAUACACAAUGAAGUUCGCCUCCACCGCCCUGGGGGCACUGGGUGCUUCGGUGCUACUAUCCAGCGCUGGCGCCCUGGAUCUAGAUGUCGAAUCACCAGACUCUAUCAAAGAGGUUGCAUCCGUUGUCGCGGCCGGUAUGCGCGAGUGGUAUACCGGUGACAGACCUGGAGAUGUGCCCGGUAACUUGCCAGCCCCCUACUACUGGUGGGAAUGCGGAGCCAUGUUCAACGCCUUGAUCGAUUACUGGUACUACACAGGUGACGACCAGUACAACGAAAUCACCACCCAGGCCAUGCAGCACCAAGUCGGAGAGAAGAUUGUCGCUUUCAUGCCGGAAAACCAGACCAAGACCCUGGGCAACGAUGACCAGGCUUUCUGGGGCAUGGCUGCCAUGUCUGCGGCCGAGAACAAACUACCAGAUGUGAAGGAAGGCCCCUCGUGGCUCAGUCUUGCCCAGGCAGUCUUCAACACGCAGGUUGCACGUUGGAGUAGCACGUGCGACGGUGGCUUGAACUGGCAGAUCUUCAGAAUCAACAACGGUUUCACCUACAAGAACACCAUCUCCAACGGCUGCUUCUUCAACAUCGCCGCGCGUCUGUACAAGUACACUGGAAACACCACGUAUGCCGACUGGGCCGACAAAGCCUGGCAAUGGCAAUUGGACACGAAAUUGUUUGAGAUCAAGGAUGGAGGUUACCACUUCUACGACGGUGCGGACGAGAAAGACAACUGCCAGAAAGUCGAGCCUAUCCAAUGGACCUACAACAUUGGUGUCCAUCUUGCCGGUGCUGCUGCCAUGUGGAAUGCUUCUGACAUUUCCAAGAAUGGAACCCGAAAGGAGAGAUGGGCCAAGGAAUUGGAUCUUUUGAUCAAGGGUCUCGAUAUCUUCUUCCCCGACGGCGUCAUGAAGGAGGUUGCCUGCGAAGAUAUCGGCACGUGCAACAACGAUCAACGGUCGUUCAAAGCAUACCUCGCCCGUUGGAUGGGAUACGCGAUGCUUGUGGCACCCGAACUUACCUUUGAUGAAUUGAUGAAGAGACUCAAGGCCUCUGCACCCAUGGCCGCCAAGACUUGCAACAAGUCGACGGAUUCGCAAGCCAAUUGCGAUUUGAAGUGGAAUCCCAAGGGCAAUCCGGACGGCAAGAUUGGUCCUGGCGAAAACAUGGCCGUGCUCGAGGUUGUACAGAACCUGUUGGUCAAGAACGCACCCGGGCCUGCUACCGAAGCGGUGGGCGGCAUUUCCAAGUCGAAUCCCGACGCUGGUGGCGGUACAAUGGAUGCCCCCGUGACGUUCAACCCUGUGACUACUGCUGGCAGAGCGGGAGCUGGUAUCUUGACAGCUUUGGUGCUCGGCGCAACGCUCGGAGGAGCCUACUGGAUGGUGUCGUAA